ACUAAACUCCCAUGAUGCAUCGCGGUGGUCCGUUUCUAGCUUCCGGUCCUCAGAAGCUAGACGUUGCUAACAGACGUUGACGCAGAUUUGUAUACCUAAUGUAAUGUGUUAAAGAGACUUUUAAAACACAUACAAAGACUUAGUUUAUCCUUGGAGGGUGAUUUAUCCGUUAAACCGUGUUUUUGUUGCCUCCCGUUCUUUGUUCGUAGCUUUUUUUUACCACGUUGCUGAUCGGUAAACAUAAGUAAAGGGAAAUUAGCGUGUUUAACGGCAGUGUUGUAUCAAGGAGAAGAAAGACUGAAGAACCAGGACGAAGACGAGAGAGAGAGAGACACAGCCGGAGAAGGAGCACUGAGAGCAGCAUGGAGGAGAACAAAAAGACCCCUGGAGCUCAGAAACCGAAAAGAAGAGAGAGACGUCACAGCUGUCAGCAAUGUGACAAAUCCUUUACAAAUUCUGGAAAUUUAAAGCGCCACCUGCUUAUUCAUACUGGAGAAAAACCGUACAGCUGUGACGAGUGUGGCCAAACGUUCACUAGAUCAGGUGAUCUCAAAAAACAUUGCCGUAUUCACACAGGAGAAAAACCAUACAGCUGUGAAGAGUGUGGCCAAACGUUCACUCGAUCAGGUCAUCUCACAAUACAUCAACGUAUUCACACGGGAGAAAAGCCGUACAGCUGUGAAGAGUGUGGGAAAACGCUCACUACAUCAGCUGAUCUCAAAAUACAUUGCCGUAUUCACACAGGAGAGAAACCGUACAGCUGUGAAGAUUGUGGGAAAACGUUCACUACAUCAGGUGUUUUCAAAAGACAUUGCCGUAUUCACUCAGGAGAAAAGCCAUACAUCUGUGAAGAGUGUGGGCAAACGUUCACUCAAUCAGGUGUUUUCAAAACACAUAAACGUAUUCACACAGGAGAAAAACCGUACAGCUGUGAAGAGUGUGGGCAAACGUUCACGAGAUCAGGUGCUCUCAAAUCACAUCUACGUAUUCACACAGGAGAAAAACCAUACAGCUGUGAAGAGUGUGGGAAAACGUUCACGAGAUCAGGUGCUCUCCUAACACAUAAACGUAUUCACACAGGAGAAAAACGGUACAGCUGUGAAGAGUGUGGGAAAACAUUCACUCAAUCAGGUGCUCUCAAAACACAUCUACGUAUUCACACAGGAGAGAAACCUUACAGCUGUGAAGAGUGUGGGCAAACGUUCACGAGAUCAGGUGCUCUCAAAACACAUCAACGUGUUCACACUGGAGAGAAACCUUACUGGUGUGAAGAGAUGCUGUUUUCACCCUAACCCAUCAUGUAUUUUCCUAAAUCUGACUAACAGUUUUUUAUUUUCUAACCAUCGUUCACACUAUGCCAAAACAAGGCCACAGCGAUGCUGUUUCUCCCCAUUUAAUUAAAAUCAUUGUUCUACUAUGCUGUGUUUCAACCAUGGUUUUCUAAUAGUCUUGUUAUUCCUUUUAUAACAUAUUAUAUGUCCAGGAUUAAACUGCUAGCCUCGUUAAGUUGCAUCGGGUAGUUUCUUGAAUAAUCUGUUUGGUCAAUGAAAUGUUGUGACUUAAACUUUGAUUGGGAUGUUUUGAUAAUUCCUGUUGAGUUGGCAUUCUGUUCUGGGCAAAAAAAACAAUGAUGAAUUUAUCCAAAUAAUAUUCCUGAUGUUUUCAGUUUGAUUCUCUUCUCUUUUGUUUAAAUUAUCAGAAUGUACCAAACUAAAAAAGGCCUUAG